AUGGAGGCCAGAGGCCUGAGGAUGCCCUUGCUGCUCUUGCUGGUGGCUGUAGUUGUAAUGGCCAAGGUGAAUCACGUCCAAAGGUGGGGAGGCUUCAAGGAGAAGGCCUCAAGCAAGAAAAACAUGAACUCCACCCUCCAUUUCUUCAUCCAGUCCUACAACAAUGCGAGCAACGACACCUACUUGUUUCGAGUUCAGAAACUAAUCCAAAGUCAGAUGCAGCUGAGCACAGGGGUGGAGUAUUUAGUCACCGUGAAGAUUGGCAGGACCAAAUGCAAGAAAAGCGAGGCAAGCAAUGCUUCCUGUCCUCUGCAAAGCAGCAAGCUGAAAAAGAGCCUGAUUUGCACGUCACUGAUAUACACCGUGCCCUGGGUGAACUAUUACCAGCUCUGGAACAAUUCCUGCCAGGAUAGCAAAGUGCCCAUAUAAAGAGCCCUGAUGACACUGA